CCAGCCUCCCAAAGUCACUUUUUGAGUAUAACCUCGAGUCAAUGUUCAGAGCCCAAGAGCACCGGCAUUUUGCUUGCUGGUGUUGAAAUCCUACACAGUCAAAUCGCUAAAAUAAUAAAAUAAACUCAUCAUCAUCAUCAUCGGGCAGAUUACAGAUGUCAGCUCUUUAGUGCACAUUGAGCACCACAUUUGCAGAUCAUCAUUCUGGGAGACCGCCUUUGUUUUCCACUCAGAAACACUGAAACCCCAAACUGGGCUGUCUCUGUUUAAGGUUCCUGUUCCUUUUUUAGCAGCGGUUGCCUAAGGAAGGCAGAGGAGCGUCCUUCCUACCUACUUAGGGGGGUUUGCCCUUAGCACGUGGUUGAGGAGGGUCUUUUCUCAGCAGUAAGGACUGGAAGUGUCUCUGGAUUCCUUUCACACGCAUUGCACGGUCUCCAAGUCUCCUUCCCCACCCCUUCAAUCCACCCCUUGCAUCCGACAAGGACGGGACAUGCACAGGGCUCUGCAGGAAGAUGACCAAAAGGCCUCAGAAGACAGCUGGUGCCGAGUUCUCACUAGGAGGCCCUCCUUUAGCCAGCCGCACUUCCCAACCUCACUGAUAUCCCUGGAGGAGUCAGAAACACCCACAGGGUCUUCAGAGGGCUCCAAAGGUUCCCGACGACGACGUGCAUCCCUGAGACCUCUAGGGAACAGUCAUGAUGAGACCUCCAGGUUACGGCAGCUGUCAUUGGUUACCUCUUCCAGUCCUUGUGACGCCACCACCACCAAUGGCAGUAUCAAAUCGUGUAGCGGCCAUGUACCAAAACAGGUCUUCCCUUGGAUGAAGGAAACAAGGCACAGCGCCAAGCAGAAGACCCACCAUCCUUUUUCAGACAGCAGCUCUCCAUCAAGUUUCGCCUCGUCCAAGAGAAUUCGCACAGCCUACACCCAAACGCAGCUGGUGGAACUGGAAAAGGAAUUUCAUUUUAACAGGUACCUCUGCCGGCCCCGCCGAUUGGAAAUGGCCCAGCUUCUGAGGCUCUCCGAGAGGCAAAUCAAGAUCUGGUUUCAGAACAGACGAAUGAAGUACAAGAAAGACAGCAGGAUGAAGGGCGCCGUCUUGGCAUCGCCCAAUAACCGCUUUGAAGUGGGUGACUAUUAUGGGCACGUGGAGGCUGACUACGAGAUAGCCCCAUCGAAUUCCUGCAGCAAAUCCUUGGAAGAGAUUGACAGUUCAGCAGGGUACACAGGUCCUCUCUGUAACAGCCCUGUGACUUCAAUCUCUUUGGACUAUGGCCCUUUCUUUGGACCGGGAGAAAGCCAUCCUUAUGGACUUCCAGUUCUGCAAGGGAGCCCAAGAGCAAUGGGAGAAAAUUAUAUGGGAAAUGUGCCCGGGGUUGACUCUUUCUUCAGCUACCCUGAUUACUCCUCUGGAAACCUGGAGUACAGCUGUGCUGCUGAAAUCCCAAGCCAACCCCAGCUUGGGCCAUCCAACUCAUAUCCCAUUUACACAGAUUUAACCACACAUCCUGUGCCUCAGGGAGAUUCUCAGGGACCUGUAAAUCUUAUGCAUCUGUGAGAGUUGCCUGGACGGAAGCAGAGCAGGGGAAAUUGCUACAGUCCUAUUAUCUCAUUAAAACAAAUACCUCUAAGUGCAACCAACAGUAUUCCUCCCUCCCUCUCUGCCCACCCAUUACCUCCUAUUUAUUUAACUGUAUUGAAGUAAAAUUUAUUGGCUGGGGAAAGGUAGAAGCCACUGUUGGAUGUUUUACUCAAGGAAAGACCAGUUUGAUUUUUAAUAAUAGUGAUAAUAAUAAUAAUAAAACACCAUCGAAUAACAGCAUCUGCCUAUCUUGGGGAUAGGACUCAAUAGGUGGAUAAAAAUGCCAAAUCCAGUCUAAACAUCUGGCUGGUUGUGCAAUGGAUCAUAAUAAUAAUAGUAAUAAUAAUAAUAAUAAUAAUCUGGUCUGUUUCUUACAAGAAACACAUGUUGUAAUAUACUUUUAUGAAAGAUGUGAGAUUGGAUCUCAGCCAUCCAGUAGCAGAAGCAGCCAUUUGCCCACAGGUGGGGGAAGAAAGUCUCAUCUGAGUUACUUUCGUUUUCCAGGCGUUGCUUUCCCUAAAAUUAAAGAAAGUAAUUAAAAUUGGAUACUCCCAAGCCUCGUUUUUUUUGCCUAGCCUAUUUGAGAAGCUCAGGGCCUUCCUUUUUUAUUCCAUUUGUGGAACCUCCCUUUGUCGCUACAGUCAUUUUGCUCUAAUGGCAGGGAUCUUUACACAUUCAAUGGCCAAACACAGACGUUUAUUAACUAAUUCCUCUCCACGACAUGCAUGUAACCGAGGGCAGAGUAAGCAACUGGGGGCCCUUUAGCAAAAACUGGUCCCCAGGAAUUGAAGCAGUAGAAGCAGGCAGGAGAAUUAACUCUUUUCUCCCUUUCUUAAACGUUUGAUAAGAUAUUCUUCUGACAAGUUCUCUUCCCUUGGCAAGUUGUUUAGGGCUGAGGACAGGGGUGGGUUCUACUUACCUUUACUACUGGUUCGCAAUGGGCAUCUGUGCAUACGCAGAAACACAUCUGCGCAUACGCAGAAACACAUCUGCGCAUACGCAGAAACUUCCUGAUGACAUCCAGGUCGGUGAGUGGAGCCUCCCGCCGGUUUUACUACCGGUUUUUGCAAACCGGUCCGAACUGGGGGCAACCCACCACUGGCUGACGAGCUUCGAAGUGUUUACCUGGAAACCUCAGUGGAAAUGUCGACUUACAUAUCUUCUCCCCCACCCUUUUCUAACUUUUAAUCUUUUCUUCUGGUCUCUUUCACUGAGGAACAGUCCCAGGAGGCAGGAAAGAUGCUAGGAAAUGUCCUUUCUAUUCAUGAAGAACCAGUGGAGUUCAGCUGAAAUGAAAUUUCACCGGAGGAUUCCCUUGAAUUUGGUCAUUGCAAAGGAAAAUCUGCAGGGGUGGAUAGCAGGCUAUGCGAUGUCCAGAUUCUUCUUUUUUUUUUUUUUACUGAGAAUACCCCCAGGUAAAAUGAAAAACCCCAACACACCCACCAAGAAUAGCCUCUUAAACCCUACUCUCCUGUUUUGUUAUGAUCUGCCUCCUAUAAACAUCUUCAGACAAGACUAAUGCUUCUGCAGCAGAGAUAGCUGGUUGUAUAUUUUCCUACCUUUUUUUUUUUCCCUUUUCUCCCCAAGCCCAGCUGACCUUAAGUGCCUAGGAUGUAAGCAGCCAAUUCUGUUCCAAACCAACUUAACUUAACCUUAAGGACCCUUUUUUUUUUUUUGAGAGAGAGAGAGAGAGAGUAUUCCAUUUCUAUGGAGAACAAGGCCUUCCUAAAGCACCUUGUAAAAUCUAAAAGUAUAAGUCUGUAUUUUAAAUACCUUAAAAGAAAACCCACACAAACAUCUCUGGUGAAACAGUGAUGCCGUAGACUCUACCUGCUGUCCUGGGAUUCUUGGCUGAGCGAAUGGCUGCAAGCCGGGGUCAUUGUCUCACUAUCCGAAGCAGAAUUGAAAGAAUGCAUCAGAAGGAGGAGAACUGACCAGCUGCUGCGAGCCACACUUUCGCUGCACGUUACACACCACUGUUGGUUUAUUUUUAAUGAUCGCUUGGCUCUCUGGCAUCUAUUUUAAUGUAGUGUUUUGAUACUGGAAAUAAAGAGACUUUUAAAAACCGCA